AUCAUUCACUCUCAUUCAAAAGAAUCAUUCAAACGGAAUAAAAAAAUCAAAGUUUUCUGUUGUGGCUGGAACUUAGAAGUGAUUAUUGAUGCGUGUUACAAAAAUGGAGUUCAAAAAUUACGUUUAUUUAACGUUAUUACUGUGCUUUUCAUCAAUCGCGACAGCACAAAGGACUCCGACAAUAUCGCAUAUUACUCAAGAACAGAUCAGGGAUAUCGGCAGUCAGGUGGACUUGGACUGCUCCGUGCAUUAUGCCCAGGACUUCCCUGUUAUUUGGGUAAAAUACGACUCGUACAAGACAGUAGAAUCUAUUCCACUAUCAACCAAUGCUGGGCUUAUCAUCAAGGAUUCGAGGUUUUCGCUACGAUUUGACGAUGCUACAGCUACAUAUACGCUUUCGAUUAAAGACAUACAAGAGAAUGACGCGGGUUGGUACCAGUGCCAAGUUUUGAUGUCAGUCAGUAACAAGAUUACAGCUGAAGUGGAACUUCAAGUCCGGAGACCACCCAUCAUUUCUGAUAACUCUACGAGGUCUAUUGUUGCCAAUGAGGGGGAAAGCGUACAAAUGGAAUGCUACGCCGGAGGUUUCCCCCCACCGAAGAUCUCGUGGCGUCGUGAGAACAACGCCAUUUUACCUACCGGCGGAUCUAUCUACAGAGGCAACAUCCUAAAAAUCGCGACAGUACACAAGGAGGACCGCGGCACGUAUUACUGCGUGGCGGAGAACGGCGUCGGCAAGGGAGCUCGUCGCAACAUCAACCUGGAAGUCGAGUUCGCGCCCGUCGUCACCGUGCCCAGGCCUAGGCUCGCGCAGGCUCUGCAAUACGACAUGGAUUUGGAGUGCCACGUCGAAGCGUACCCGCCCCCCGCCAUCACUUGGUUGAAGGAUGAAAUACAGCUGUCUAACAACCAGCAUUACAGAAUUUCCCACUUCGCGACCGCCGACGAAUUCACAGACACUACCAUCCGAGUGAUUACUAUAGAGAAGCGUCAAUAUGGUCUGUUCAAGUGUAAGGCGCAGAAUAAGCUGGGUACCGACGAAGGACAAGUAGAGUUAGUCGAGUCGAUAAUCCCGGUGUGUCCGCCCGCGUGCGGCACGGCGCGGUUCGCGGCGGCGGCCUCGCUCGCGCCGUCUGUCGCCACCAUUAUGUCCUUGUUCGCUGUUUACAUCAUUUAUGCUGUCAAAAGAGUCGCCAAUGCCAGACAUUAACUACCCGGGUCUACGGCCAGACCCGCUAGUUUCUGGUUCAGCCAUAAACACCAAAACUCUACAUAUCUUAUACGUUUUAGCAUAUCUGUUCAUUGCACUUACUUAAUCUAUGACCCAUAACAUGUUACCAUGUUUGUACCUAUAAGGGCGAUUUCAGGCGGGCGUUUUUUGUGCGCGUAUACUCGCUUACAUGUCGCGCGUCUAAAAACUUAUCUUAGGCUUAUUUUACACAUAACAUACAAGUCCGUAUUUUCUUAAAACAAAUGUUUACUUUGAAUUUUAACGUUCAAGUUUCAAAUCCGGUAAUUGUGAAUUAUACGAUCCUUGAUGACAAUUCUUGGUCUUACACGAACUUAAAAGCGCGGCAACGCUCGUAAGAAUACCACGUUUUGUUAAAAGUACGCCUGGAUGCGCGUAUAAAACGGCUAAUCUGAAACUGCACUUAAAAUAUGUAUUGGUACAAAUGGUUGUACCAAUAAAGAAUGACACGACUCCCAAUAUGUUGGGUUUAACAGCUUUGAUAUACAAAAACCCAAGAUGCACAGUCUCGAAUAAAAGUUACGCUCGAAAGUGUCCUCUUUAAGGUACAAGCAUACGUUAUUGCAAGUUCAACUUUACGCGAAUUGUUUAAAGUUGUUAUUACAACGCACUGUAGUUAAGGCAAAAAAAAAUUACGACCGAAGUGGUCGGCUAGGACAAAGAACAUGAGCGCACAAUUCUGAAUGUUGCGCUCAUUUGGUGAGGACGUUUUUGAGACGUUGAGUAUGCAUCUUGGGUUUUUUGUAUAUCAAUUUUUAACAGCUUUAAAAACACCAGUUUACCCUGAAAAUGUGACAGGCAGCAUUAUCUUCGCAUUUAUAACAUUAUAUUAUUAUCUAUGGAUGCAGCUAUAUUCACUACCUCUUACUGCUGAACGACUGAAAUUACAAAAAAAAACUUUGACACUUUUUUACAAAAACGGUUUGCACUUUUUAUAAGAAAUUGGUAUAUUCGUAUUUUUGUUUAAUUACCUGUCCAAUGUCUGUUUAGCUUGUAAAGACACCAAUUAUUUAAACAAAAAGAAACUUAGCGCCAAGUACCACUUUGAACCAUAGAGAACAAAGUUUUUAGUUAGAUAUUACUUAACUAACGGCCUACUUUAAAAUCUUAUGAAUUAAUUAUAUACUUACAAGGAAUAGGAAUACUUAAAAUAUUUACGCGUUUGAACACUCAAAAAAAAACCUUAAUUUUUUCUGUAUCAGUCUAAUUUUGAUUAAAAUCUUAAGAAUUCAAAAAGUAUUAGGAAACGUAAUAAUAUACAGUUUGGUAAUAAGAUCAACCCAGUGUAUCAAUAUGAAAAAUCGAUAUUAUCUAAGUGCCAAAGUAUGUAUGCCAUUUAAAUAUAUAUAUUGCCUACGACCUACCCUAAAAAAUAUUAACAAAAAUAAAGGGCACAACAUAACAUCUUAAAUAGAAAUAAGUUACUAACUUAGAAAAAUUACUGUUUUCACCAUGAUAUACCAAUAUCAAGAUAUUAUUUAAUAUGACCAUUUUCCUUUUUCUAAAACAUUUUUUAAUAUAAGGACAACAUAAAAGUUAUAUGAAUCGUAUUGAAUUUAGACAUACAAUAAACUAUAAAAUAUCAGAGUUAGUCGACAAGCUAGGAUCGCCUUAUAAAAUAGUUUUGAAGUAAUUCUAGUAAAGUAAUAGUUUUGCACAAAAAAUACUGAAACAUAUUACAAAAGAAAAACAUUACAUUUUAUAAUCACAAUGAGAGCUUUUUUUUUUUCAAAAUGAUUUAUUUGUACUUUCUUUUUAACCUGUAUUUAUUGAUAAAAAUCUUACAAUUCAGUCAGUCAAUUCUUGAUUAAUUUUACUUAAAACAUUUUUAAUGAAAACUAGGAUUGAUUUCUAUUUGAAUCUCAGUUAUUGUAUACCUAACAGACACAAUUUAUUUAAAAAACAGACAUGAUUACAAUUAGUUUUCUUAAAAACCAUUAAUUCUUAGUACUAAGAAAAAUCUUGUAAUAUUAUAAUAAUGAUAGUGUAAGUACCUGCAAAUGUAUCUCGUGUGUGUGUUUUGUAAUAUUUUUAUACUGACUGUAAUGUUAGGAUUGUGGCAAACCUAUGCGAUGCUAUAGUAAGAUAUCAUUUAUAGUUUUGAAAGUAUUACUCAAUAAUUUUGCUCAUAUCUCAUAUGUGACAUAAAAAUACAUUUUUUUACUGAAAGUAAAUCAUUGAAAACUUCAAUGUUUUUACCACCUAGCUUUUCUAUGUAGUUCAAAAGCAUAAUAUUAUAAUAAAUAUCCACGGAGGAAGGAAAGAUCAGCGGAGAUGAAAUAAGGCAGUAGGUCAGGCGCCUUCUUCUAGAUCAAAUACAAACGAUGGGCGUGACUAAAACGCUCAGUUACCAGUGAACUAAUGAAGCCUUCCGAUUCCUUGAGACAUUUUUGGUUUUACAAAAAAAGACCGGAUUCCGUAGAAGUCGUAUAAGGACGAAUACAGUAACGUUCCUCGUCCUCCGAACACCCGCAUGUUGUACCCGCUACUUUCUUAGGAGAUUUUGCGUUAUGACAUCUCCGCUAGUCAUUUUGUUCUCCAUGACCUAUACCGCAAAUUAUAGCUAUAUCUAUAGCAUCGCAUAGUCUGUGUACUACAUACUUAAGAGCCUGCAUUUUUCCUGUUUUAUAGCUUUUUAGCACUUUGACAGUAUUUUAUGUAUUCAAAAAUGGCAGAAUUUUAGUGAAGUGUACCUACCAUUUUGUAAGCUUUUUAAUGCAAUAUAACUUAAAUAUAGUAGAAACACAAUUUGUGAUUUGUGGGCUGGCAACAUUUUGACAAAUAUAGUUUGUAGGAGAAUUUAUUUUUGUAGUUAAUAUACGUUUUUUGGGUAUAAAUUGAUGUUUAUCAUGUAUGUAUAUUUGUUUAAAUAAAUGAAAUUAAUUGAUGAAAUUAACUAGGUAAAUUCAAAAAUAACAAUCUGUAUUGUAUAUUGGUGAAAUAUUAUUUUAUAACGAAUGUCUUAGAAAUUAAUUAAUAAUAUUUUUUAACGUAAUUAUACAUUCCGGAAGAAUUUUGUACAAUUGGAAUACUACCUGGGAACUGUCGAUUUUGUCCUUAAAAUGUAUUAUCAAAAUGAUGGAAUAUCUAUCUAAAAGUAUCUAGUAUCCCAGUUGUAAAGACGGCCGUUCUCAAUAUUUUAUCUAUAGUUUCGUUUACAAAAGAUAGGAAUUUUAUAUGACUACUAGCUUCUGCCAGCGGUUUCACCCGCAUCCCGUGGGAACUACUUCCCGUACCGGGAUAAAAAGUAGCCUAUAGCCUUCCUCGAUAAAUGGGCUAUCUAAUACUGAAAGAAAUUUUCAAAUCGGACCAGUAGUUCCUGAGCGCGUUCAAACAAACAAACAAACUCUUCAGCUUUAUAAUAUUAGUAUAGAUGUAGCUGUAUGACAUCUCAAGGAAACCUAGACUAUAAAGUCUGAAAAUCACCAACCCGCAUUGAGCAAGCGUGGUGAUUAUAAUGCUCAAUCCUUCUCCGUGUGAGAGGAGGCCGCAGCCCAGCAGUGGGACGAUAAAAAGGCUGUAACAGUAUGUAGCAGUAUGUGAAAAUUCUAUCUCUAAGUAAGCAAAUUAACAGAAAGUGAAGUUAUUGGGAAUGGCCAUAAAUUAAAUAGUCUAAAUUCUUAAUUAAUGUUUCGACUGCUUUUACAAUGUUCCAUCCAAAUUGUAAGACUUGAUAACUUUAGUACCUAAAUGUUUUUACAUACUUAACAUUUUUUGUAGAACGUUUUUUGUAAAACAAUUUUUUUUACUAUGAAUUUUGGUUUCAAAUUCUGGUUGUGGAUCAAGUCUCAAUUUUAAAUAAUCUAUGGCCUAUGGGAAUUUAUUGUAUGCAGAUUUUCCUACUGGUUUUUCCUGACAUAUAGUCAAUGACAUAAUCAAGUUUAUGAGCAGAACCUAUUAUUUGUACCCUAUCUAAAACUAAUAAGUCUUGUUUAUUAAUCAGAAAAUUUCCGUCAAAAUCACUAAAGCCCUUUUGGGGUAUAUAAAAGAACAAGAUUUUUUUUUAAGAAUAUUCUAUUUUACUUGAGUUGUGUAAAUAAUAUUGAAAUUUGAUUCCGACUAGAUUUUUGAUAUCAUAAUUACUUAGAAGAAACAGUCGAACUGCAAACUUCCUCCUUUUUGGGAAGUCGAUUGAAUAUUAUCUUUUUUUUUUGUAUAUAUUGGUAAUAAUUACAGCAAUUUUGACCAUGUAGUUAUUUUCACAGCGGCACCUAUUUAUAAUGUACUAAUUCACAUUUAUUUGUGUUUCAUAGACUUGUGUAGAAUCUCAAUUUUAGUUUGUAACUAAUGUCAAGUGCAGUUAUUUUGUUUGAAUAAAGAUAAUUUUGAAAAUA